GUUAACCUAACAAUUUUUUUUUUAAUUUUUCUAGCGUUAUAUAAUACCUUGUUAUACUAAAUAAGAUGGCUGUGUCUGUAAUUGCCAUAGCGUGCUAAAGGCAUAUUUAGAUUCCGAGCGACACAAUUAUGCGGCAUGUCAGUGAAAUGUCAGUAUUUAUUGGCUGCACUUUCGAUAAACUCGUAUAUUUAUGCGUCCGCUGGUGAAGUAAUAUUUCAAGGCAUGAAUUUUCGAGCGAUCGCCGUACUCGUCGCCGUGACGUGUAUGUCAUGCCACUUUGCAAGAGGGGACACAAUGAUGCUGUUUGACUUCAUGAACACGCGGAAUGUUGACGACUGGAGCGAAAUGUCCGACACCGUGAGAACCGUGGGAAAGUCCAAGGCCGUGUUAACUUUGCAGACCAGCCAACUCUUUCAGAGAGCCAUCCUCUUUACGCUGCUAAAUCCGCAACCAAACGGUGCCGGUUUCGCCGGUGUCAGAACGCCAACGAAUCUCGACUUGUCAAAAUUUAAGAAUAUCGAGAUCACCUGCCGAGGACAGGGGCAAAACAGCAACUACAAGAUAUCUCUCAGGCAUAAAGGACAGGACUCCAACUUGGAUCUUAGCUACGAGCAGUUCUUCACAGUACCGAUAACAGACAACGAGUUUUCCACGGUGACGUUACCUUUGAAAGACUUUAAACCUUAUUAUCGUGGACGCGAGAUGCCGGACGGUGAGCCUCUGGACACGACAAAUAUCACUAUGUUUGAAUUCCAAAUCUACGGCGGCGUUUAUAUGCCAAUCAAACAGCGUGGCGUGUCGGCAUUAGAGAUAGAAACUGUAGCAGCUGUCUCUACGUGAUACUCUAGUUAAACGGAAGACAGAAAAAUGCCAUGUGAAGAAUCAAUUUUUUUUAUUCCCGAUAGCUUAAAACCCAUUUAAAUAUUACAAGUAGUACAAACAAGUAUACAACAUUCAAAUGCGUGUAUUCAAGAUUCCGUAUUCAGAGUAAAUAAAUGUAUUACAAUUAGA